CCUGUACUGUGUCCGCAGUCUCUGGUCAUCUCCUGUACUGUGUCCGCAGUCUCUGGUCAUCUCCUGUACUAUGUCCGCAGUCUCUGGUCAUCCCCUGUACUAUUGUCCGCAGUCUCUGGUCAUCUCCUGUACUGUGUCCGCAGUCUCUGGUCAUCUCCUGUACUGUGUCCACAGUCUCUGGUCAUCUCCUGUACUGUGUCCGCAGACUCUUGUCAUCUCCUGUACUGUGUCCGCAGUCUCUGAUCAUCUCCUGUACUGUGUCCGCAGUCUCUGAUCAUCUCCUGUACUGUGUCCGCAGUCUCUGAUCAUCUCCUGUACUGUGUCCGCAGUCUCUGGUCAUCCCCUGUACUAUGUCCGCAGUCUCUGGUCAUCUCCUGUACUGUGUCCGCAGUCUCUGGUCAUCUCCUGUACUAUGUCUGCAGUCUCUGGUCGUCUCCUGUACUGUGUCCGCAGUCUCUGGUCAUCCCGU